AAAAUUGCUUCACAUAGAAGCUGCCAUUCAGUGUUGUUGCACUUUAGAAAAGGCAGCACUGCAAGGAAUAGCAGUGGAAGAAGAAGCAGAGCAGCCUCCUGCACAAUUUAUUAUAGGGUAGGUGGGUCGCAAGCCCCUGCGCAAUAAAAACACGGAAUACCCCACGUAAACCCCAAACGGAGGACUCAAGAGUUUGGAAUAGCAUUCCUUCUUACUGCAAUUGCGAAAUGGAAAAUUCGUCUUCCAACAACCGGUUUAGGACAACAAUGUUCAACCACGAUGAUGAGAUGGCAGAGUGUACUAUAGCCCCAGUAGCAAUGGAGGACAGUGACCAUGAGGCUCACUCAUCAUCAGAUGACCUGGACUCCGCCCCGCCAUCCCCUGACCACACCAGGGACCACCACCAUGAGCCCGAACAGCACUCAAGCCCUUACAAGGAUGAUUCUGAAGACUCUGAGUUGGAGAACAUCAUGCAACAAGACCCCCACCACAGCGGGGACCACCCUCACCCGCCUCUGGGCGGCUAUGAGCACAGCCCCGACCAUGAGCACUCCCACCCGGUGGACAGGGAGGCAGAGGGUGGCGACACCCCAGGGACGCCUACCUUUUUGCGGCCCCCCACGGCAGGUGGCAGGGCCCAGUCAGACAACCAGGGCGUAGGGAGGCUGCAGUUGGGUGGAUGUGGGAUGGUGGAUCACUAUGACAUGCAGUCUCCCCUCAGUCCCACCAGGCCCAAGAGCCCCUGGGGCCGCUUUGAUCCCUACGACUUUCCAGAGGACCAAGACAAGGACUAUGUGGGCUUUGCCACACUGCCAAACCAGGUGCACCGUAAGUCUGUCAAGAAGGGCUUUGACUUCACCCUGAUGGUAGCAGGGGAGUCUGGUCUGGGCAAGUCCACCCUGGUCAACAGCCUCUUCCUCACAGACCUCUACAAGGACAGGAAGCUACUCAACGCUGAGGAGCGGAUCACUCAGACAGUGGAGAUCACUAAACACACAGUGGACAUUGAGGAGAAGGGCGUCAAGCUGAAGCUCACCAUCGUAGACACCCCUGGCUUUGGAGACGCUGUCAAUAACACUGAAUGCUGGAAGUCAGUGGCGGACUACAUCGACCAGCAGUUUGAGCAGUACUUCAGGGACGAGAGUGGACUGAACAGGAAGAACAUCCAGGAUAACAGAGUUCACUGCUGCCUCUACUUCAUCUCUCCCUUCGGACACGGCCUGAGGCCUCUGGAUGUGGAGUUUAUGAAGGCCCUUCAUGAGAAGGUCAACAUUGUGCCAAUCCUGGCCAAGGCCGAUACACUCACACCCACCGAGGUCAAGAAAAAGAAAUUCAAGAUCCGAGAGGAGAUCCAGCAGUAUGGGAUUAAGAUCUACCAGUUCCCAGACUGUGACUCUGAUGAGGAUGAGGACUUCAAACUGCAGGAUCAGGAGCUCAAGGACAGUAUACCGUUUGCGGUGAUCGGCAGCAACACGGUGGUGGAGGCCAAAGGGAAGAGGGUCCGGGGUCGUCUUUAUCCCUGGGGCAUCGUGGAAGUGGAGAACUCAGCGCACUGUGACUUUGUGAAGCUGAGGAACAUGUUGGUGAGGACACACAUGCAGGACCUGAAGGAUGUGACACGGGAGACCCACUAUGAGAACUACAGGGCUCACUGCAUUCAGAGCAUGACCCGCAUGGUGGUGAAGGAACGCAACCGCAAUAAACUGACCAGGGAGAGCGGCACAGACUUCCCCAUCCCUGUGAUACCAAGUACCACAGACACAGAGACGGAGAAGCUAAUCCGAGAGAAAGACGAAGAGUUGCGGCGAAUGCAAGAGAUGCUCACAAAGAUCCAGGAACAGAUGCACACGCAGAAGGAGGCCUAUUAACCAAGGCUACUACUAGAACCCCUUUCCGCUGUGUAAAUAUUGGCCCCUUCUUUCCACUACUAGGGUGGGCACCCCUAGUACCACUCUACUCUAGUCCACAAACAUUGUCUGCUCCAGCUCAUCCAACCCCAACUGCCACCACUCCUCAUUUAGUCAAUAACCCUCACUAUCAGAGACUGAUCCAAGACCAGGCAUGAGGCAUUUACAGACAGGAGGUGGCAUGGUGAGAAGUUUCUUCUUCCAACAACAUGGAAGCCUUGCAUCUCCACACCUGUUGUGGAAACUCUUAACGGUAACAACGGGCACCCCUGUCAGGUGCCAUUGAGCACAACACCGGUCCGGACAGCACAGACCUAACCACCUGCUUGUCCUUACAGGGUUAUGGCCGGGUCCUGCCUGCCUGCCUUCCACCCAUAGUUUAUAUGUGGUCUUGUCAAAAGAUAACUUUUUGCCUUCCAGUUUUGCCGCUAAUGUUCCUUGAUGUUUCUCCUUAGUGAACUCAAACCCCUGACAUUGGUUAAGGGAUAGACUGUAGAGCAUGUGUUGUCCUGUCCCUCUGCUAGGUGUUUGAAAGUUUAUAUUGUAACAAGUUUAGAUGUGUGGUCUCAACCAACCUAGACAAGGUAUGGUUUGAGGGAGGUUGGCUUGCCAGAUUUGUAUUUUUUUGUCAUGCACAAUUUUUUCCCAAGAGCAUUUUUAAAAGGUCAAUAAUGGGCAUCUUUUUUUUACUAUUACAGGAUUGCAUCUAUCACUUGUAAUUAUUUUAUUUGCAUUGCUACACAGAAUAGCAAGAAAUUCCUUGUUGUGGAAUGAAUGACAAAUGUUACUGAAGUAGUGUUGUGUGUUUUUGGACAAAUGUAUGUUAAUAGGGCUAAUUAGUUUCCUUCAUGUUUCCAGUUCUAGCAUGCUCAAAUCUGGGUUGUUCGUUCUUGUAUAUAACUGACAAAGGAAACCCACUACUUACAGUUCUGAUAUCUGUAAUGAUAGUUUCCUGGAAUAUUGUUGACUUGCAGCGCUCCAGGGUCGUGUUCAGGGUCUUGUUAAAACUUUCUGCAGCGAAAACCAAAAUGUGUGUUCUUCGAACGGGAUUCAAUCUGAUAAUAGACAUUGUGACUUUUAAAGGCAAUUUCAGAUUGAGCUGACAUGCACAUUUACGUGAUAGGAUCUCCGCAAACGUGGGGAACAUUGUCUUUUAAAACCCGAGAUCGGACUGAAUCCUGGCCCGAAUGGACAAGUUCAGGCAGUAACUCCCCGUAGAAUUAUAUAUUUUUUUACUGAACACGACCCAAAAGGAGAAAAGAGCAGGCUUGAGCUACUUAAGUGCCAGUCAAGAGACGCUGGCCUGGGGACCAAGCAGACAGGACAAGCCCCUUAUUCUGCCGGAUGUCAGGGGUUAGAGAAUGACCUGAUCGCCUCGUAUCUUAUAGAAGUGUCUGACAUAGCAAGCCUUCAUUCAUGGGUUGAUGUACUCCGUAGACUUGAUGUUGAUUGUGGACAGUAAGUAUGCACCUAUUCUUUUGAAGUACAUAUGUUUGAGUGGAUGGUUUUAUUAUGCAGUCAAAACAAGAAAUCAUAUUAUUAUUAAGGUAUUUUCAACUUCCACGUUUCCCCACAAUAAUUUGUAGUUUUGUUAUAAGAUGAAUAGUUGUGUAUUUAUUUUCCUCGGGUGCAAAUAUGAGGUCAUUCACAAGGAACAAGUCAUGAGAUAAAAAGAUACAUGUUUUGGAUUGUAUGAAUAUGCCAGAAAAAUUAAUGUUUCAAUGAGAAUAAAAUAUUUCAGAUCUGUA